GAGCUUUGCCUUUUAUUCAGCUUAGGUUGUUGGGGAAGAAAAGACAGUGUUGGACUUGUUGGGCUGUGGAUAUCAUGGAUCUCAAACAUAGUUAUUCAGUGAAGUUGAAUGAUGGAAACUUGAUGCCAGUGCUUGGAUUUGGUACAUUUGCUUCAGAAGAAAUUCCAAAAAGCAAGGCCUUUGAGGCCACCAAAAUAGCCAUUGAUGUAGGUUUCCGGCACAUAGAUUCUGCAUAUUUCUAUCAAAAUGAGGAAGAAGUUGGACAGGCUCUCCGGGACAAGAUUGCAGAUGGAACUGUGAAGAGGGAGGAUUUAUUCUACACCACCAAGAUUUGGACUACUUUUCUUAGACCAGAGUUGGUUCGUCAGUGCCUGGAGAGAUCACUGAAGAAACUUGGGCUGGAUUAUGUAGAUCUCUGCAUUAUUCAUGUACCAUUUGCUAUGAAGCCUGGAGAGGAACUUCUGCCAAAGGAUGCCAAUGGAAAAAUCAUUUUAGAAAUAGUGGACAUUUGUGAUACAUGGGAGGCCCUGGAGAAGUGUAAAGACUCAGGUUUAACCAAGUCCAUAGGGGUGUCCAAUUUCAACCACAAACAACUGGAAUUGAUUCUGAAUAAACCAGGGCUAAAAUACAAGCCUACUUGCAACCAGGUAGAAUGUCACCCAUAUCUCAAUCAGAGCAAACUUCUGGAAUUCUGCAAGUCCAAAGACAUUGUUCUGGUUGCCUACAGUGCCCUGGGAUCCCACAGAGACCCAAACUGGAUUGAUAGUGAUAGCCCAUACCUCCUGGAGGAACCUAUCUUAAAGACCGUCGCCAAGAAACAUAACCGAACUCCAGGCCAGGUUGCCCUGCGCUACCUGCUACAGAGGGGUAUAGUGGUUUUGGCCAAGAGCUUCAAUGAGAAGAGAAUCAGAGAGAACUUCCAGGUGUUUGACUUUAAAUUGACCCCGGAGGACAUGAAAGUGAUUGACAGCCUCAACAGAAAUUUUCGAUAUGGUAAAAUGUCAUUGUGGGGGCAUCUCAACCCUAGACAAGGUUCUUUGGAGGAUACAUUGAGACAACAAUACUUUGGGUCUUAAAUGAAGGAAGGAGAUGCUACCCUGCUUCCAGAGCCAACUUUUCAUGCGGUGGAUCACCCUUAUUAUCCAUUUUUGGAAGAAUAUUGAGCAAGAGCUGCUAACCAUUACAGAGGCUUUCUUCCUCCAGAUACUGUGUAUAUUUAUUUGGUUGAGAAGCAGUAUCUCUGCCACCAAGUUCUUGUCUAAUGUCACAAAACUAUUAAUCUCAAGUGAGGACAUAUGUUUUUCUUGAUAACUGAAAAUAACACACAAAGUACAGAGAACUUAUAAAAUGAAAGAAAAUAUUUAAUGUAGCUUCCUUGAUUUUUAUGUAAUUUCAUGUCUGUAUUUUUAUUUACGAAAAUAAAAUCAAUAUCAACACAUGGA